AUGGCAAGGUAUAGGACUGCCAUGAAUGACAUUUACCUCCUUCCAAAUGGAGGACAAUCCUCAGACGAGUUACUUCGGCUCGUCGAGCGCUACAAAACAACACGACUAACGGCCCUGCAACUUGACCCAGCUGCCUUCGGAUCAACAUACACUCGAGAGAUCCAGUUCACGUACGAGACCUGGCUCUCGCGCAUCCAGAACCCGCUGAGCAAGACGUUCCUAUCUAUUGAUAGCACAAACACCAACCAGACAGACGAGAUCCCGCUUGCACAGAGUGAAUGGGUCGGCACAUUGACGGUCCUUGGACCGAAGGUUACUUCAGAAGGAACAACGCUUUGGAAUACGUUUACCAGAGAAAACUCGACUCAUACCCCAGAUUUGGCGGCCGUCAGGAACAGUAAUGCAAUCUAUAUGAUGGCGGGAGUGUUUGUCCAUCCGGGCUAUCGCCGACAAGGUCGUGCUCAAAGGCUCGUCGACGCCGCGGUCAAGAGAGUCAGGGAGGAAGCAAAGUUUGCUGGUGCGUCGAGAAUUACUAUUAUUCUGCAGGUCAACACAGAGAACCAAGCGGCCGUACGUUUGUAUGAGACAGCUGGGUUUUUGGCAGUCAGCAAUGAAAAGACAGACUGGCGAGGGAUGACUUGGGAGGAGCAGUUGACGUUUUAG